UUGGCACCUUUUCUCCCACACGCAAAUAUCUGCCCUCUGUCCUCUCUCUCUCUCUCUCUCUCUCAUUCUUCACCUGUUCACCAUAUCCUUCCCCCACACCCACCACCACUCGUCGCCUCCGUCCUCCGCCAUGGGCCUACCGCCUCAUCGCCGUCUUCUCCGUUGCAACCACCACCACCACCACCAACACAGCAACCGCCUGCCAACAACCUUCACGGCGUUCACUUUUCUCUUAUUCUCCUCUGCUUCUGCCCUAACCCUCCCUCCACUUCCAAGUAGGGGAGGUUUCAAGCAGCCCUACUUUCAGAGGGAGGAGAUUAAUGGGUCGUGGACGGCGGCAACGGUAGCGGCGGCUGAUCAGAAGAGAAACGGCGGGCCAGGGUCGUUUCCGCCGUCGUGUAGAUCCAAGUGCGGCUGGUGCGCCGCCUGUGAACCGGUUCACGUGCCGAUCCAUCCCGGUCUGAGCAAGCCGCUCGAGUACUAUCCAGAAGCUUGGCGUUGCAAAUGCGGGAACAAGCUCUUCAUGCCUUAA